AAUGCAUUUCGCAGUCAGUGCCAUCACCUUGCUCGUGGCAAGCACCACCCUGGCCCUGGAAAAUCCUCAUCGCAAAGCAGUCAGACCAAUCAAGGUAGAUCCUGGCCAUCUAAAGCCCCGGGCUGUCACUGGCGCAGAUGACGGAGGCUAUAAGUAUCUGAAUAAGAAGACGCAGCGUGGACUUCGAUGUGGGGAAUCUUAUGCCGGUACCCUUCCCAACACGCCAGCUGGGAAUUCCAGUCUAUUCUUCUGGUUCUUUCCAUCUCAGAACCCGAAAGCACAUGACGAGAUCACCAUCUGGUUGAAUGGGGGUCCUGGAUGUAGUUCUCUCGAUGGAUUGCUGCAGGAAAAUGGCCCUUUUCUCUGGCAGUCUGGCACAUACAAACCCAUCCGCAAUCCAUACUUGUGGACUAACCUGACCAACAUGGUCUAUGUGGAUCAACCCGCCGGAACUGGCUUCUCUCCGGGGCCGUCCACAGUCAACAAUGAGGAGGAUGUUGCAAGGCAGUUUAAGAGCUGGUUCAAGCACUUCGUUGAUACCUUUAGUCUGCAUGGCCGCAAGGUGUAUAUUACUGGAGAAAGCUAUGCUGGACAAUAUAUUCCCUACAUUGCCUCGGCCAUGCUGGACGAGAAAGACACAAAGUACUUCAAUGUGAAGGGCAUCCAGAUCAACGAUCCAUCCAUCAACGACGAUUCUGUGAUGAUAUAUGCCCCCGCUGUCAGCCAUCUGAACCAGUACCUGAACGUCUUCUCUCUCAAUGAUACUUUCGUCAAGCAUAUCAACAAACGUGCUGAGGAAUGUGGAUACAACAAGUUUCUGGAUGAGGCUAUUACCUUCCCGCCUCCGAAGAAAUUCCCUGUCGUCCCAGACCCAUCCAAGAACAACUGCGCUCUCUGGGAUGAAAUUGUUCAGGCGGCCUACUACGUCAACCCCUGCUUCAACUUCUACCAUCUCACCGACUUUUGUCCGUACCUAUGGGAUGAGAUGGGUUUCCCUUCCCUGGCCGGAGGCCCCAAUAAUUAUUUCAAUCGCUCGGAUGUUCAAAAGGCCCUUCACGUCCCUCCGACAGACUACUCCGUCUGUGGAGAAACCACGAUCUUCGCUAAAGGCGAUCAAUCGGUCCCCAGCGCCCUUGGUCCUCUCCCGAGUGUGAUUGAGCGUACCAAUAAUGUCCUUAUCGGACAUGGAUGGCUUGAUUACCUGCUAUUCGUGAACGGAUCUCUCGCCACGAUCCAGAAUAUGACAUGGAACGGUGCACAGGGCUUUCAGCACCCGCCUGUAGAACCCCUUUACGUUCCCUAUCAUUAUGGCCUUGCAGAGCUCUGGACAUCUACUGCGCCGAAUCCAUACAUUUUGAACGCGGGGGCUGGCUAUUUGGGUACGGCGCACACUGAGCGUGGCCUGACAUUCUCAACAGUCUACUUGGCUGGCCAUGAGAUUCCACAAUAUACACCUGGAGCAGCUUACCGUCAGUUCGAAUUCCUGCUCGGUCGUAUUGACAACCUGUCAUCGCCUGGAAGCUAUACUGCUUAGGAGACCAGGUGUCAUCAUCCACUAUCCCUGCCGAUGUCCAAGUGGAAGAUCAACAGGGCGCCAGAUGUUCUAUCCCUGGCAUAAAUACAUUCAGAGUUUAGGAAUUGUUAGAGUACCAAAAUCCAUGGAACGUUUACGAAGAAAUAUAGAAAAUUCAAUGAGACCAUAAUGGUGG